CGCACCCUCGCCGAACGACCGCAAAUUAUCGCGGCGCGCACCUCGUCCAUCGCAUCCGCAGAGCGCGUCCCUGCGUUUCCGUUUCGAACGCCUCGAGGCCCCUCGUCCGCGACGAUCGCCCCGAGCGACCGCGCCGCGCGCAUCGCAUUGCACUGUCGCGCUGGUCGCGACCUGCCAUCUGGCGUUGCGCCGCCAGCGUCUGCUCCAGCAGCCGCCCGCUGUAGAGACCCUCUCGACGAUAAUGCGACUCCGCUGAUCGCAGCCUAUCGUUUCCGUUCUUUGGACACUCUCGACAGUCUGCUAUUGCACUUGGCGCGGGCACUGUAUCUGGAGCUUCCAUGGCUUGCUGACAGUCUCGGGCCCAGCGCAAAUUGCCGUCAUCUCGUCCAGAAUCAUGCAAGUCGACUUCGGCGGCCCAGAGUCGGAACAUAAUCUACAUCUUGCACCCCACGGCCACUUCGACCAUCCGGCGAGUCACGGCAGCCCGGCCUUUUCGCCCUUUCGGCAUCCUGCUGUACCAGCAAUUGAUCCGAGCCUCGAGCAUAGCGCUGGUGCCAACCGUAAUGGCCACGCCCCGAUGUCUUCGGUCCACCAGUCCCAAAACCACCUCCUCCAACCCGACAAUGCCUCCAUCAACAGCGGCCACCUCUCCCACGGAUUCUAUGGCGAUAUGUCGCGCACCUCGCAGACGCCCUCGACCCCCUCCAAUGCCUCCCCGCGCUUCUCAGCCAUGUCGCCCUCGAGCCAGUCGAAGCAGAUAGCGUCCGGCUAUGUCCCUACCGACCGCUCCGCGCCCUCCCGCGAUGUAUCCGACGACACGAUUGACGACGCCUACGCGACCUUCAUCCUGUACUGCAAUCCCAACUUUCCGACCGCUACCGACACUUCCGAGCUGACCCAGCUAUUCCGCACACCCCCAAAGAGCGACGGGCAAGCAUUCAGCACGUGGGUGCUGUUCGAGCUGAUACGGAAGUUUGAUUCGAAGGAGAUCAAGACGUGGACGCAGCUGGCGUUGGACCUCGGCGUGCAACCGCCAGACACGGAUAAGGGCCAAAGUACGCAAAAGGUGCAGCAAUACUCGGUCAGGCUUAAGCGAUGGAUGCGAGCCAUGCACAUCGAUGCUUUUUUCGAAUAUCUCUUGGGUAAACAGCAUCCAUAUUACAUGCAAAUACCCCCGCCCCAUAACCCCUUCCCGGAAAAUGGUCGCGAUGGAGUCCCGCUAGAGGAAGACCUAGCAAUAAGAGCUCUCGAUCCCAAGUUCCGACCCAAACGCGGGCGUCGGAAGGCUGAUGACGGGGAAGACGAGAUGGAGUUGAUUGAUAACACGCCACCGCGUAAACGUCCGCAACUGGAUACAUCAAUUCCUUUCGGAAACGUACUGCAGCCUCAAUCCGCGUAUCCCAAUAGCGCUCACCCAGACAACAUGGAGGGCUUUCUAGGCGCACAUGACCCUUGGACAGGAUCGGCCAUGACGCCUUCUUCGGCCAUGACGGCUGCAUCAGCGCCUGGAAGGAUAAAUCCGUCCAAGAAUUUGACCCCUUACUCGGCCUCGCCCAUGUCAGGACAGCAUAUUCGCUGGCGGCUCAAUACGCAGGACAACCCAACGACGCCUCAUCCCCUAUCUGCCAUUACCCCGCAAUCCGCGCAUCCUGAUUUCUUCGACGAACCACAAUCAGCAAUAACACCUUCCAGCUCAAAACCUCGUUCACGCCGGCGCCACGGUCCCGCGGUAUCGUCCGCGUGGCCUAGCAACAACACUUCGUCGACGGGUAAGCUACGCGGCAGACCUCCGAGCAACCGUUCCGUGCGCGAUGGUCCCUUCGUCACCUUCCCUGCAAAUCCUAGAAUGAAAGAGGGGCCAACGAUAGAUGUGAAUAGAAAUCCUGGGAACCUUACGCCAAUUGUGGAAAGAGCCCAUUCGGAUCCUCCAGUACCAGAGCACCACUUCCGCUUCCCUCCUACUCCGGCCUCGGCUGUGUCGCCCACGUCCAUGGAAACACAACUGCAAAGUGGCUCACAAAGGGGACAUCGACUGAGUCUCCAGGUGCCCCCAAAUGUUGGCAAUCCGAUACGGCUGGCGACACCCACCGUGCUUGUAACCGGAGAGCAAGAUGCUACGCCAAGUACCGGCUUGGCACCCUCUGCAAUUAGUGCCGACUCUGGUCGCACCUCUCCCGGAUACUUUGAGAGCAAUAACGACCCACCACAGCAACCGCACGGCACGCCUGCGCAGACGCCAGCUCAAUCACAGGCUUCGCCGCGAGCUCAACCUCAGCCAACUACGUUGGCACCUUCCCUCCCGGCCUUGCCUUCCGAAGCCCUCAAUCGAGCACUGGUAGCUGAGCUGAUCCGCGCCCCUCUCUCAGGCCGGCGCAAACGGCUGCGGGGUACAGAGGCCAAGAAUCUCGCAGCGUCCAUAUUGCAACCGCUGUAUACCAAGUCCACCGCUGGACCUGCAUCGCCCGCGAAAGUCAUGAGUGACCAGAUGCUUAGCAUUGCCAUUAGCAGCUGCUUGGGGAUCACAUCUGCUGUAGGUUUAGGGAGAGGAGGACCGAAUGGGGGCGUAAGAAGGGUGGAGUGCGUGAGGUUCAGAGUUGGUGGAGAUGGGUAUGAAAGCCCCAUCGACGAGGAUGAUGAGGAUGCAGAGGGGCUCCAUGAGGGCGGAAGCAUCCGAGAAACAUUUGACGUAUACUUCGGCGUUUCAUUCGGCGGCCUCAAUGGCGAGUGGACUGCGAAGGGCCUUCUGGCUACUUCGACUGGGGACGGAAACAGCGGCGCUCCGUCUGGAGCGACAGGCAAAGGAGAGCAAGAGAGACAGGACCCGACUCCCAAUACCGUGGCAGCCUGGAAGACCAAGUUUCUCGAUGCUCAACGGAAGCUUUGGGAAAGUCAAGAGGAGGCUAGGACCUUGAAAGAGAAGAUCCUUGAGGCAGUUUUGUAGCGUUUCGCAUGGGUAUUCUGGCGCCAUGCUUAUGGAUCAAGAGGUGGAGUUCUGGACGUUUGUAUAAAAGUAUGCAUGCUGGCCUGGUAUCUUACAGGGACGGGAACUGGCGGUGCUUCGGCGCUGUUGUUAGAUUGCUAAUGAGCAUCUUUUGCAUAUACCCUGGUGGUUUGGGGACGAUUUUGGCACAUUUAUAACUUUGAGGAUACCCUUGCCAUGUUCAUUAUUCGUUAGGCUUUCGGACGGAAUUCUAG